GCCUCCAUAUCCUCCACGAUCAGUAUUCUGCCCCAGAACAACACUACUCUGACAAGCCUGCAAUUGCCCACUAAACCCUCGUUACAAAGACAGUUACAGGACUUUUUUUUGCUUGAUUAUAAAGGUAGUCGAUUACCUAUUCAUUCCUUCUUAUAACUUGGUAUAACCGGUUAAAAAAAGAAGAUAAAAAGAACUACAGGCAGACUGUACACCAAAGCCUGCUAGUCCGGUAGCUUUCUGUCUGAGCUACCCCCUGAACUCAACGAGACAAAGCACUCUAUUUUAUCUAAAAAACGAUUCCGUGGUGGUGUUUUUUCCACCCGACCAGAGUUCAGAGAACCAAGAUAGGCAGCUUUGGAUCCAAGAUGUCGAACCGAGUGGUGUGCAGAGAAGCAAGUCACGCCGGCAGCUGGUACUCCUCCUCGGGAUCACAGCUGAAUGCACAACUAGAUAGCUGGUUGUCUCAGGCACAGUCCACCAUUGGACCUGCAAGAGCCAUCAUUGCACCCCACGCCGGCUACACCUAUUGUGGUGCCUGCGCAGCCCAUGCAUACAAACAAGUGGACCCCUCUGUUACUCGUAGGGUGUUUAUUCUGGGACCCUCACACCACGUGCCCCUGUCCCGCUGUGCCCUCUCCCUUGCCGAGGUCUACAAAACACCCCUCUAUGACCUGAGGAUCGACCAGAAGGUUUAUGCUGACCUCUGGAAAACGGGCAUGUUUGAGCGGAUGAGUCUGCAGACAGACGAGGACGAGCACAGUAUUGAAAUGCACUUGCCUUACACCGCGAAAGCCAUGGAGAGCCACAAAGAUGAGUUUAGCAUCGUCCCUGUGCUGGUGGGUGCACUGAGCGAGACUAAGGAACAGGAGUACGGAGCACUGUUCAGCAAGUACCUGGCAGACCCCUCCAAUCUGUUCAUCAUCUCAUCCGACUUCUGCCACUGGGGUCAGCGUUUUCGAUACACGUAUUACGAUGAGUCCCAAGGAGAGAUCUACAGAUCCAUUGAGAACCUUGAUAAAAUGGGGAUGGGCAUUAUAGAGCAGCUGGACCCGAUGUCUUUCACCAACUACUUGAAGAAAUACCACAACACCAUCUGUGGCCGUCACCCCAUUGGAGUGCUACUAAACGCGGUGGCGGAGCUGAGGAAGAACGGUUUAGAAAUGAACUUCUCCUUCCUGAACUACGCCCAAUCUAGCGAAUGCCGGAACUGGCAGGACAGCUCUGUGAGCUACGCCGCCGGGGCUCUCAUAGUUCAUUGAGGUCUGCCCCGUGGGGGAGGGGGACUACUGCCUAUUGCCAUAACCUGAUCCAAACCCCCCCCACCACCAUCACCCACUGAGCACCCACCAUCUGCAGGAAGGACCUAGAAAACCUAGAAUGCCAAUGACUUCCCUCCACCAUCCUCGCUUAGCUCUCCCGCCGAUCGCCCCUCGGUGGGGGGUGGACCGUUUUGCUGGGAUUGCAGUUUUGCUGAUUUAUAGGAGCCUAUGGUUCAGUAGCGAGGGGGGGGGGGGCGUGCUGGGUAUUUUGGGGUGUGUAGGGUAGGAGGAGGAGGGGGUAUUUUGGAUCUCGUAAGGACUGGGGUUGGUCAAGUCCACUUUUUACUCCUCUAAAUAGGACUGAGGAUACAAGUUGAAAUGUAAAUUUCAUUUUAUCGCGACUCUCCUCCUGUGUGCUCGUGUGUUUUUGUUUUUUUCCCCUGAGAAAGUAUGAUUAAAGAGAAACUUCUAAAUGAUUCAAGAGCAUUUCGAGGUCACCUGGAAGAAAUGGGUUUGACCGACAUCCUCAAGCAUUAUGCUGACUGAUAAUAGGGGUUGCUACUACCACGGUUUGUACAAACCUGCUUAUUGGUGUGGCUGCUAAAGGGCUGCAUUCAACCCAGUUCACUAACCCACUGCUGUACAUACCAAAUACAUUUACUACUAUUAUACUUAUACUAGUCGAUUUAAAUAUAAUCCUUUAUGCAUAAUUUUUUCUCUUUAUUUAAUCAGAUUUUGUUAGUUUUUCUUAGAUUUACUAGUUUUUACAAGCAGUGUGGUGGUACAAUUGAACGAGAAAGUGUUGUCGUUUAUGCUCCCCAUUGUUUAGCUGUACCCAGUUUUCCAGCGACCCCCUCGUAGCACUGAAUAGAUGUAUUGGCAGUGUCUGACUGCUGUCUUCAUGCUGUGUGAACAUACAACUACUAAUUUGAAUCCAGAACGUUCUACCGACCUUAGGAUAAAAAAAUAUGAUUAAAUCUAUUUAAACAGGUAAUUUAGUCAAUGUUACAAAUGGUCUUCUGGGCAACCGACUCAAGGACUCAGUCAAAUGUAGCGUUGCAGCACAUUUUCUGUGUGCCUCACUGAAUCUAUUCUCUUGUUACUGGUGGAUCAUUCUGCUGAAGUCAAGUGUUUACCAAUUUUAAAAUGAUGCACUCCUAGCACCCCUCCUUUUUAGAAAAUAAAAAACUUGGUUUCUGGUUUCAACAUGGGAAUUGGUUGAGGUUUGUUAAUAUUAAGAUAGCCAACUGGUCAAAAUCUAUUGACCGCACAACUGAAAAAGCGAGUCGGCCUUGACUCAUCGAAUCAGUGAAGAACACCACUAAAGCAUGACACACUGUGCUAUUGUGCCUUCGGAUCACUGCUGCACACUGAAAACCAUACUUUUCCUUGUCUUAUUUUACACCAUACGCUCUGGUUUGUUUCUCUCUAUAUGUAUCUUCUUUUUUUUUGAGGACCCUGUAUUGUCUUGAAGUUAUCUCCUUCCUACAGUAGGGAGUGGUCUCCCCCCCCCUGCCCAAAGCCCUAAGCUGAACCUCAGCACGGCGUCAUUUUGAGUUUGUUUUCUGCCGUUGAAUUGUUAGAUGUGUUUUUAUUUUUUGUAUUAUCUCUCUUGCAUAGAGAAUGGAAUUUCACAAGUCACAACACCUACAAAAUAUACUGCUUAAAUACUGUUUCUAAUCUCAGGUUCCACAGAGGAAACAAAUCCCAAAAUACAGUCAAGGCUUAAGAUUCAUGUUACAAAAAAAGUAAAAAUAUAUUGAAAUGGA